AAGCUUGGCUAGUAUACGUAAAAGUCUUAACGCGCAAACACGCUGUCGCCUAAACUGUUAUUUCCACCUCAAAAUUAAUAUAUUUUAAAAAUUUAAAACUGGUAUCGUAUUCGUAUAUGUUCAAAGUGUCUACAGUGAAAAUUUCGUAUGAAUACGCGUACGAGAACUUUGUAAAAACGACUCCAAACUUCCAGAAUAUUUAACAUACAAUAUAUAUCUCUAUGUAGGCGAAGCGAUGUUGUCGGAUUGAUACUAUAGCCACGUUGCCGGUAUCGUGGUGGCUUUUAACAAUGUGUUACGGAGCGGCUGUGACAGUUGAAUGCGCAAGAUAAAGAUUUCUUCACAAUUAGACUCGUCACAAUGGCUGAAAUGGAUAAAAAACGUGGUGGAAAAAUUCUCGUUAGAGAUCUGAAUAGCGUCAUUACUUGCAGGCUUUGCGAGGGUUAUUUAAUAGACGCAACAUCUUUAACGGAAUGCGAUCACGUGUUUUGCCGAGCUUGCAUCCUCCGACAUUUUGAUAAUACCAAAACCGGCUGUCCGACUUGCAACACUUUCUACAAGAAAAAAUCACAAACUUGCUUCAGGGCUGAUCCUCAAACUCAAGCUUUGGUAUACAAACUAGUCCCUUCUCUAUUCGCCAAGGAAUCUCAACGAAGAGAAGACUUCUACAGAAGCACCGGCGUCAGGGCGUCGAGUUCCUGCAGCGACGACAGCGUCAUAGAAAGAGAAAGAGACAUGAUGAAUGAUCAGGAGGAGAUUAUCUCGAAAGCGUUCGGUGGUAAAAACCAAUUUCUCAGUCCCGAAGAUCUAAUUUCGUUAUCUUUGGAAUACUACCAGACACAUUUGGACACCACAGAUAUAGAAGAACCCGCGAUAAAUUCCCCGUUUAAUGGUACUAUAUCUAAAACGCAGGUCGUUAACGAUAUUAGUGAUAGUGUAAAUAAAAUUAAAGACAGUGAAAGUUGUAAAAGUGAUAAAGAUUCUAAUAAAAAAGACGAGAAUGAAAACAAUUGUGAUAAAAGAUUUUUACAGUGUCCAGCCGCGGUUUCUAUGAAACAUCUACAGAAAUUCAUAAGGAUGAAAUUCGGACUCACCGGGGACCAUAGAGUGGAUAUUAUAUAUAAGGGAGAAGUUUUGAAGAAGGACUUCAGUUUGAUGGAUGUUGCUUAUACUUUCAACUGGAAAAGGGAAAAACCGAUGAGAUUCUUCUAUAGGAUCUUUACUCCUCUGAAGAUAAGACCCAUAAAGAUAGUUAAUACGACUUUACUAGGAGGCGGUAAACAAUUACAAAUAGUACCUGUUAAAUCAACUUCGGAAACGCAACGUUCACCUAUUCCUAAAGAAGAAAAAGUUGAAAAACCCGAAGUGAAAGCAACUUUAUUAGAAGAAACCGAAGAUCAGAAAAAUCACAAAGAAAGACUCUUCGCUCACUUACAAUUACAAAGUAAAACUCAAGCUGAAAAAGAAAGUAAAAAAGUACCUGAAAAACCUCAACCAAAAGACUGUGUUUUCGAAUACGAAGAACCCGACCAAGAGGAAAUAAAGAGAUUCGCCGAAAUAAGAGAUAGAGAAUGGGCGAAGAAAUUAGACGAAGAAAGACGAAAACAAGAAAACGAAGAAUACUCGCCGCACCAUUUCAGUAAAAAGAGAAAAAAGAAUAAGCAUUCGAAAAACGAAUUUAAUAGUCAUAAGAAACGUAAAUUACACGCCGAAAUAGCUUCUAAUCAAGAAGAUUUAAAAUUAAAAGUGAAAAUAACAAAUAACGGCCAUAAACAUAAACAUCACAAAAGUUCACAACUUUCAGAAAAAGAAAAAUCAAACGCCGAAAUGAGUUCGAAAGAAAAAUUACUCCAAAUGCGACAAGUGAGACAUAAACAUAUUGCCAGUGAAGACAAAAACGUUCAAACAAGUUUAAUACAGAAUAAUGCGGAUAAAGUAGAAGAGAAAGUAGAAGAAGUGAAAAUAAAAGCGUCGGAAGAUAUUAAAAAAUUGAAAAUAAAAGUAACGGAACCUUCAACGAAAGUAACAGAAUCGGCGAUACUUCCGAAACAAACAAGCGAACCUACUAGUACCAGUCCUAAAGUAGGUACUUUCCUAGAAUCCAGUAGUCCCAAAACCGGAUUCACCGUCAAAAAUCCAGCCGAAAAAGAAUGGGGAAAGAAACUACCGACCGUUAAUUUAGAUAAAAACGAACAAACCGAAAAUCAAGCGUUUCUCAAAGCCUUCCACGCUUACGCCGAAAAAUACCACAACGAAAAGAACCAACAAAAUAAAUUGAAAACAGCCAAAAAGUUAAAUAUGGAAAAACAAACACAACAACCAAAGACUGAAAUCAAUAAAAUAACAACAAACAAUAAAUCGUUGAAUCUAAAAUUAGCUAAUUUACAACAGAGAUGCACCAUCGAACCGAAACAACCGGAAAAAAAUAUACUAACUCAUUAUCCACCCGGAUUUACAGUUAGUAAAAUAGAACAAGGGGUGAAAAGAAAACCCGAAGAAAACGAUAACGUAAACGAUAAAAGACCGAGUCUAGAAAUAACACUAAUCAACCCCACCAACAUCCAAAUAACUACACCGAAACCAAUAGAAAAACUACCAAUAAAAAGACCCCCGCCCGCAACAAUUCCUUUAGAAAAAAUUAAAAAAUCCGUUAAUCUAAAAUCCGGUAUAAGCAUAAUACCUAAAAUGCCCGAUAAUAACGCCCCGUUAGACUUAUCGAAUAAAUCCCCCGAAGCAUCCCCUAGAAAUUCCCCGAAAAUAGAAACCCCUAACGGUCUCACGAUCACAACCAAUCGACAAUUGAACGCUCUAAAUCGACCCGGAGAUAAAAACAACGUCGCGGCGUUAUCCAACCUCCAAAUGUUAUCUAAAGUAGCUACCGAGCAAACGAACCUUAACAACAAACCGCAAACCAACCCAAACAAACCCAGACCCCAAAUGCCCAAUUUACAAACGUUAAAAAUACCCAAUUUACAAAAUUCAGUUCAAAUGAAAACCCCCAAUUUACAAAAAUUACCGAAAUUGAACGAAAUACAAAAAUUUCGACCGACGGGACAGAUCAGAAACGUCAGACCGAAUCAGAAUCAGAAUAUCAGAAACAUACCGAAUCCGAGUCUUCUGAUAAACCGACAACAGAACCAGAAUAGAAUCGGAAUCAACAACGCGACGGAUACGCCGAAAACGACGACUACUUCGACCAGUUCCAACACCAACAAUUCUGUCAAACCGUUAGACAGUAAAAUGCAAGAAAAAAAAGAAAUAUCCGUGUGAAGAAUAAUCGGCGAUUUGUGAUAAAUUUGGAGAAUAGGAAAAUUGUGAUAGACGCCAAUUUGAAUUUGAAUCUUCGAUCAGUAUUAACGGCGACAUUUCUCGCAUUUCAAAUACCGUUUCGUGCUCGAAAAACAACUAUAAAAAGCCAUUACGCUAUCCGACAUGCGUUUCCACUUCAAAAUAACCGCAGGUCUUACAAUCCCGUUACCAAAUUGGAAAUUCAUAUAUAUCAAACUUUGCAAUUUCUACUUCCUUCCUUUUCAUCUACUAUCUUUAGUACACUUCUCCUUCAAUUUAUGUCCUCUAUUCAACCCGUACGCUAUUCAUUCUCUAUAGUUUUAAAUCUGACGUUUUUCAUUUCUCUAUUCAACCUGAAUCUCCUCUUAAUUCCAUCUCCCUCGAUUUGUGCUCUCUUGACACUUCGUUCUCUAUUUACUGUUAUAUUUGGUUCGUUACAUAUUUCUUUCGACCAGCCUUUUCUCUUCCUAAUUCCCUCAACUUUCAUUUGUACUCCCUUGACGAUUCUCUUUGUAUUAGAUCGAUUCUUAUACUUCAAUCACCUGAUCCUUUGCACUCUGACUACUUGUGGGAUAUUAAGCUCGUCAUGUAUCCCUUUCAGCCCUUCUUUCGACCUUCCUUUUGUUCCUUGUUACUCCCUCUCCUAUUAUUUGUGAUCCCUUGAAGAUUCUUUUUGUAUUCGAUCGAUCCUUAUACCCAAAUCACCUGAUCCUUUGCACUCUGACUACUUCGACCUUCUUGUCUUAUCAUUUGUGCUCUCUUGAAGGUUCUCUUUGUUUUCGAUCGAUAUUUAUGCCCCAAUCUCCUAAUUCUUUGCACUCUGACUACUUGUGGGAUAUUACGCUCGUCAUGUAUCCCUUUCAGCCCUUCUUUCGACCCCCUCUUUUCCUUAUGACUCCCUCUCCUAUCAUUUGUGCUCUUUUGAAGAUUUUUUUUGUAUUCGAUCGAUCCUUAUGCCCCAAUUACCUGAUCCUUUACACUCUGAUUACUUCGGCUACUUUCUGAUUCCUUCAUCUUCCAUAUGUGCUAAGUUGGCGAUUCUCUUUGUAUUCAAUCGAGUUCUUUAAUCUAAUUGGACGACUUUAGAGUAUAUAAGCUUUACUAUGUCUUCUUCAGCGACAAGACCCCUUUAACCGUUUUGUAGAUCUGCUGGUCAAUUUCUAUUUGAUCCUUUAUGGUCUUUCCAUGUGAGUCGUGUGUCUAGAUGCAAACCUAAGUAUUUGGAGUUAGUAGUACUUUGUUCAUAUAAACAGAAGGGCACUGGUCUUUUCUUAGAUUGAAGAUCACUUGAAAGGAUUUCUUUUCGUUUGUAUCGAAAUCCAUUUGCGCAGUCACGUUUGGAAGUCGUUUAAACGUGUCUGCUGGAUUCUGGAAACUGCAACUGGACUUUUGUUGCUUGUAGGGCAUUAUGAUAUUUCUUCCGAAUCUUCUUCAUGAUCCCCCUAAGUAUUUCCUUUUCCCAUACUUCAAUUUUUUCGGGAUUCUUUAUGGUUAGCACCCAGGACUCACUCCCAUACACAAUUAUUGUUUUUUUGCUCGCGAAAUAUUGAUUAUCUAGAUCUAGUCAUCUUCUUUUCUCAAAUAAUACCAGCACUCAAAGUGUCUUCACCUUAAACAACACUGAUUUGACUAUAAAUGUCAAAUUUUACAGCACGAACUUCGUAGUCGGCGGUUUUGUCGAUAGGUGGCGGAAUUUGUAAAUGUAGACUAGAUCGGAUGGUUUCAUAAUGACGUCUGUGGCUACCUGACGCGCGUGCGCUAAACGGUUAUUUACCAAGUUUAAGAAAUCUGUAAAUACGUAACCGGUUUUAUUAUCGAUGUUCCACUUCAGAACUAGGUACCCCUUUUAACUAUGUAUGUUUGUGUGAAAUUUUAUCUUAUGAUCAAGCGAUUUUAGUGUUUAAACUGUGUACUAAUUCAGUUUGUUGACGGCUAAUUUAAUGUCAAUUCUACAAUUUUUAAUCUGUUGUGAUGUCCUAUGAAAAGAAAUAUUUUUUGUUUUAAUCAUAUAUUUAUCAGAAAAAAAGUCGUUGUUCCAUUUAUUUACGAGGUGAGUCGUAAACAACGAUCAUAUAAUUGUUAUGAACCAAAUUUCAUUUAUGCAAACAACCCGUUGUCAAUGAGGAUCAAAUCUGUGGAAUCGGGUGGCUGGCAUAUGAAUUUAUUUCUUCUUUAAUUGAUCCAAUUGAAAAUUAUUUUUUUUUUCUUAUUACGUUUAACAAAAUUAAUUUGGUAUAAGACUUCUUUAGAUUGUCUUCAUCUUUCAAUAAGAAAAAAUGUUGUACGAGUAUAAUUUGAUCCAUGACUUUAAAAAAAAAACCCUGUAUAUUGAGACAAACGACUAUUUAAAAUGUUCUAUGUGUGCAAUUUGGUCCAUAAUUGUCGAUACAACUUGUAAAUUGAAAUAAAUAACAAUUAGAUUAUAUAAUUUGGUACAUAACUUUUUAAAUACCUUGUAGAUUCAAACUUACGAUGAUUUCAAAUGUUCUACGAGGACAAUUUGGUACAUAACUGUUUACAUAUCUCGUAAAUUUAAAAAAAAAAUUUAAAACUAUUUUACCAAUACAAGUUAGUUCAUAAUUUUCAGAACACCCUGUAGAUUAAAACAAAUAAUAAGAAAAAAUGUUGUACGAGAAUAAUUUGAUCCAUGACUUUAAAAAAAACCCUGUAUAUUGAGACAAACGACUAUUUAAAAUGUUCUAUGUGUGCAAUUUGGUCCAUAAUUGUCGAUACAACUUGUAAAUUGAAAUAAAUAACAAUUAGAUUAUAUAAUUUGGUACAUAACUUUUUAAAUACCUUGUAGAUUCAAACUUACGAUGAUUUCAAAUGUUCUACGAGGACAAUUUGGUACAUAACUGUUUACAUAUCUCGUAAAUUUAAAAAAAAAAUUUAAAACUAUUUUACCAAUACAAGUUAGUUCUUAAUUUUCAGAACACCCUGUGGAUUAAAACAAAUAAUAAGAAAAAAUGUUGUACGAGAAUAAUUUGAUCCAUGACUUUAAAAAAAACCCUGUAUAUUGAGACAAACGACUAUUUAAAAUGUUCUAUGUGUGCAAUUUGGUCCAUAAUUGUCGAUACAACUUGUAAAUUGAAAUAAAUAACAAUUAGAUUAUAUAAUUUGGUACAUAACUUUUUAAAUACCUUGUAGAUUCAAACUUACGAUGAUUUCAAAUGUUCUACGAGGACAAUUUGGUACAUAACUGUUUACAUAUCUCGUAAAUUUAAAAAAAAAAUUUAAAACUAUUUUACCAAUACAAGUUAGUUCAUAAUUUUCAGAACACCCUGUAGAUUAAAACAAAUAAUAAGAAAAAAUGUUGUACGAGAAUAAUUUGAUCCAUGACUUUAAAAAAAACCCUGUAUAUUGAGACAAACGACUAUUUAAAAUGUUCUAUGUGUGCAAUUUGGUCCAUAAUUGUCGAUACAACUUGUAAAUUGAAAUAAAUAACAAUUAGAUUAUAUAAUUUGGUACAUAACUUUUUAAAUACCUUGUAGAUUCAAACUUACGAUGAUUUCAAAUGUUCUACGAGGACAAUUUGGUACAUAACUGUUUACAUAUCUCGUAAAUUUAAAAAAAAAAUUUAAAACUAUUUUACCAAUACAAGUUAGUUCUUAAUUUUCAGAACACCCUGUAGAUUAAAACAAAUAAUAAGAAAAAAUGUUGUACGAGAAUAAUUUGAUCCAUGACUUUAAAAAAAACCCUGUAUAUUGAGACAAACGACUAUUUAAAAUGUUCUAUGUGUGCAAUUUGGUCCAUAAUUGUCGAUACAACUUGUAAAUUGAAAUAAAUAACAAUUAGAUUAUAUAAUUUGGUACAUAACUUUUUAAAUACCUUGUAGAUUCAAACUUACGAUGAUUUCAAAUGUUCUACGAGGACAAUUUGGUACAUAACUGUUUACAUAUCUCGUAAAUUUAAAAAAAAUUUAAAACUAUUUUACCAAUACAAGUUAGUUCUUAAUUUUCAGAACACCCUGUGGAUUAAAACAAAUAAUAAGAAAAAAUGUUGUACGAGAAUAAUUUGAUCCAUGACUUUAAAAAAAACCCUGUAUAUUGAGACAAACGACUAUUUAAAAUGUUCUACGAGUGCAAUUUGGUCCAUAAUUGUCGAUACAACUCGUAAAUUGAAAUAAAUAACAAUUAGAAUAUAUAAUUUGGUCCAUAACUUUUUAAAUACCCUGUAGAUUGAAACUUACGAUGAUUUCAAAUGUUCUACGAGGACAAUUUGGUACAUAAUUGCUACUGAUAUAUCUCGUAAAUUGAAAAAAAAUAUUUAAAACUAUUUUACGAAUACAAAAUAGUUCAAAACUUUGAAAACACCCUGUAGAUUGAAACAAAUAAGAAUGUAAUACAUUCAAAGAGUACAGUUUGGAAUAUAACUUUUGAAAUACCCUGUAGAUUCAAACAACCAAUUAUUUAAAAUGUUCUUUCUGUGUAAUUUGGUCCAUAACUAUCAAUAUAUUUCGUGAAAAUAUUUAGAACUAAUUACAAAUACAAGUUUGUUCAUAACUGUCAAAACACCCUGUAGAUUGAAACAAAUGAUAAUUUAAUACGUUUCACCAGUGUAAUUUGGUCCAUAAUUGUCGAUACAUUUCUUAAAUUACAAUAAAUGUGUUAUAUAUGCAAUUUGGUCCAUAACUGUCAAUCGAUGUUUUGAAUUAAACCAAAAAAUAUUUCAAAAUUUCCUAUUGUUUUGUAUUUUGAUUAUUCUUAUUAAGUUUAUCAGUCUGUAUAGUAAGUUCCUUAUUUUUAAAGUGUUUUUUUUACUAUUUUAGUAAGCGAUACACUUUGCCUCAAGACUUUGUACUAUUUGAGUUUUUCAAAUUUUAUUAUGGAUUCAGUUUCAUUGUUGUUGUUAUGUUGUUUAUUUUCAAACGUGUACAUAACAAUAUUGUACAUAUUUUAAUGUGUUUUUAAUAUAAUUUUAUUAAAAAGUAGAUUCAAAUUUUAUGUAGAUUCAUAGUGUGGCCAAACAAAAUACAAAAAUAUCAUUGUGUCAAAAUAUUUACGUAGCCGUGCUUCUGUUAGACCACCCUGUAUCAAAUAUAACCAAAAGAAAAUACACUAAAUAUUAAAAUUUUAUAAAUAAUGAUAUACAGGGUGUACUGUAAUAAAAUGUGUUUUAUGGAACAAUAUAUUUGUAAUGAAAAAAUAUUUUUUUGUCAUUUUCCCAAUUUUUAAUGAUUGUACAUUUUCUUUUGGGUUAUCUAGAGCCACGAUGUACGUAACCAAAA